AAUGGCUGGUUUGUUUCUGCUGUGUUCUGGUUUCUGUACUUUUUAUGCUAUUAGCAAUGCUAUUUUAGGGAUAACUUGCACCGUCUUAUUACCACUAUAUUUAUCGUUCUGUGGCCCUGAAGCUACAAUUAGAUUCUCGUUGCUUCUAAUCAUUCACGCUUUGAUUCUCGCUUGCAUCCCACAGUUUUUGAAAUCCUUGAUUCCCAUGGUGCAGCUUGUACUUCUUCUAGCACUGCUAUUUCUCCCUAUUAAUGUGACACCAUUUGUAGCUGUGUGGAUUUAUGAGAAGCUCCUGUAUUUAGCCGAGCCAGUCAUAUCAAUAAUUGAAGCAUUACAGGUUGUAUUAGCUAUUAAUUAUGUCAGCCAGUCAUUGGUCGACGAAAUUGAGGAUAGUCCCACAUUUGUUAAGUCAACUAUACUAGGGAUUGCAUUUACUUCAUAUUCUCUUGUACUGUGGAUCAGCUAUGGACUCUUUACUGAUGAUAGUACUAGCAUUCUGGAAAAAUGGAUUUUGUUCAUAGUUCUUUUGGCAACAGUGUCUGUUCUUAUUGUUUGUGUAAUUCAAGAAGAAGGGAUAAUAUCUGAUGCUGCUGUGGUGUCAUUAAUAAUGGUGUGUGUAUUAUGGGCCAUGAAACAAGAACGAAUUAUGACAACAAAUCCACUUCAAAUCCCAAGUAAAUGGACUGAUUCGCUUGGAGGGAGAUCAUUCUUGUGGGUGCUCAAUUCAAUGGCAUCUUCUAGUCUGACUCAUCUUGGCCAAGCCCAAGUAAUCUUGCGUAACCUGUUAUCUSCAACAUAUCUCUUGCUGGCAUUUACCAGGGUUGGAAGUGUUCUCGGUUGUUUGUGUGUUAUCAGAAAUGCUUUUCUUCAGGAACAAGAUGAGGUUGAUGAAGAUUUCUCAGAAAUAACUAAGACAACCUCGCCAAACUUCUGGACGCCUACAUGGAACUCUCUUGUGGUUCGUCUGGUGUUUAUCUUYGUGUACACAGAGUUCUUGUUACGGUCCAUGCUCAUUUCYACUCAACAUUCAAUUCAUUUAACCUUUAAUAUUUUACCUAACUGGAUAAGCUCUCUGUUGUUUGAGCUUUGUUAUAAGGUUCGAGUGUGGAGGAUAUUCCAGUUAUUUGUUACUAUGAUGACCUAUUUAUACAUCUUAUUGUAUCCUAGGGAAUCAUGAAUGCCGUAGCAAUAUUGAGUAUACACUAAAUGUUGUCGGGUCGCAAAAAGACGUCAUAUCAUCAAAGCUAGCACCGAAUGGAAUUUUAGCUUACUCAAAACUUCGAAUCAUAUUUGCCUAAACAUGUAACAACAUAAAAGUAAAAUUCGAUGAGAAGUUGCUAUUUUACUCAUUGAAGGCAAUCUUUUUGAACUGAAACACUGUUUUGCUCAUGAUAUUUGCCAUGCUCUCUUUCGGUCUUAGCUUCAAUGGUGUAACAUUUUGGAAUCGACUACAUUUUUAAUGUAUUAAAAUAGAUCAUAUUAUUCUUCGUUUUCAAGGUACCUCACAGCGGCCAUCUUGGAGGAACCUCAACAAAAGAUUUUAUAUUAGAAUCUAUUGUUCAUUCCUCCAACAUGGCCGCCGAUCUUUUAUCUUUUGAAUCUCCUGGGAAUGGUUGAAAACGAUCAAUAAUAAAAAAAGACAUAUUAUAUGGAUGACAGACGAUGCUGGAAUUGUUAUGUAGAGAAAAUAUAUAGAAAACUACUUCAGUCGUCAAGCAAGAAAAGGUAUUUAAUGUAAAAAAGGCCUGUAAAUUUACAAAUUAAACUAUAUAAAAACAUCGUGUAUGAAAAA